CUUGUGGUAGUCUAGUCACAUAUUAUGGAUUCAACACGGGUGUGUUAACAGAUAGAAGCCAACAGCAGUAUUACAAUAUUUUUGAAAAUAAAGAAUCUAAGUGGGACUCUAACUGGGACAGAUGUUAAUUGAAACCCAAUAUAAUACAUAGCUACUUUCUAACAAAAUAAUAAUAUUAACAUACAAUAAUGGAUUCAAAAAAACGAAGUGGUCGCCAACAGUUGGUCAAAACAAAAAAAGAAAAUAUUCAAGUAAUUGUUCGAUGUCGACCAAUGAGUUCUAAAGAAAUUUCAAAUGGGUAUACUGAGGUUGUAAAAAUGACUAAAGAAGACAAUUCUGUUGCUGUAGCUGUGCCUAAAAAUGAUGGUUCAGAAUUCAAGCAAUUUACAUUCGAUUCAGUUUUUGAUUGGAAUUCUACUCAAGAAGAAUUAUAUAAAAAAAUGGUUCACCCGUUAAUUGAAUCAGUUUUAAAUGGCUUUAAUGCCACAAUAUUUGCUUAUGGACAAACUGGAACUGGUAAAACUUAUACAAUGGAAGGUCUCAAAGAUGAUAAAUAUCCUAUAAGUGAUCAAACAGAUCGUGGCAUUAUACCUCGAACAUUUGAACAGAUAUUUAAAACUAUUGAACAGUCAAACAAUACACAAUAUCUAGUAUUUUCAUCUUAUUUAGAAAUUUAUCAAGAAGAAAUACGUGAUCUGCUAGAUGCUAAACCUAAAGGAAAAUGUGAGCUUCGCGAAGAUAAAGAUGUUGGUGUGUAUGUUAACAACUUAAAUAAAUAUAUUUGUAAAAACGUUCAAGAAAUUUUAAAAGUUAUGCAUGAAGGCAACAAAAAUCGAACAAUAGGUGCUACAGAUAUGAAUGAACAUAGUUCGAGAAGUCAUGCUAUUUUUACAGUAACUGUUGAAAUAAAAAUUUCUGCUGAAAGAAUCCGAGUAGGAAAAUUGAAUCUUGUGGACUUGGCUGGUAGUGAAAGACAAAGUAAAAGUGGUGCCACUGGUCAGAGACUUAAAGAAGCUGGAAAAAUUAAUCUUUCUCUUUCGACUUUAGGAAAUGUUAUACAUGCACUCGUUGAAGAAAACUCUACACAUAUACCUUAUAGAGAUUCGAAACUCACUAGACUUUUACAAGAUUCAUUGGGAGGUAAUUCUAAAACAUUAAUGAUAGCUAAUAUUGGGCCAGCCAGUUAUAAUUGGGAUGAAACCUUGACGACAUUACGUUAUGCUAACAGAGCUAAAAAUAUUCAUAAUGCCCCUCAUGUUAAUGAAGAUCCUAAAGAUGCUCUUAUUAGACAAUACCAAGAUGAAAUAUCUAAACUACGAAAUAUAUUAAACGAAAAAUCAUCUAAAAAGACAACAAAAAAAGAAAAAAAUUAUGAUAUGGAAAAUCUUCAAGAACAUACUUUAUAUUUAGAAAAACAACAAGAAGAUCUAAAUGAAAAACGUAACAAUAUUCUUGAAAAUAAAGACAAUUUAUCUACUGAUGAUCAAAAUAGAAUGCUAUAUGAUAUAGAAUUGGAAAAAGCCAAAGUUGCUGGAGAAAUGGAUUUUAUGGCAUCUUUAAUUGGACGCAUUCAAUCUAUGGAAAGUAGUUUAUUGAGGGGAGGAAAAUCAAUCACUGAUCAUUUGCACGAACAACAAAGUCAAAUUGAUAAACGCAACAAAGAAAUCCAGGAAGAAAUACGGUUAGAACAAGAGCUUGCCAAGAAUUUAGAAGAAAUAGCUGGCUAUACUGAAUCAAUUAGAGAGACAUAUUCAACUCUACUGGAAGAAGUAGAAUCGAAACAAGCUAAAUUUGAUAAGCUGUUGACACUCUAUCAAAAUCUUAAAGGGGAAUUAAAGAAAAAAGAGGAAGUGUAUUCUAAUCAAAGGAGAGAAAUUGAGUCAAAUCAAGAAGCAAUGACCAGGCAAUUGAAAUUAGGUAAUAUAAUCAUGUCUAAUUUUAUAGCUCCUGAUGAACUUCAGAGUGUCAAAGAUAGAUUGUAUUAUGACGAUGACACUAAUGAAUGGCGGUUGAUCAGUAACCAAUUAGAAGGUCAUACACGAGGUUGCAUUAACGGUGUAAUUAAUACAAGAAGAAAUGAAAAUUUAAUCACUUUGAAUUUGCUCACGCUUGAGCAUAAACUAGAAGAAUAUAAAAAACCAGAAAUAUCCCCUUCACUUUUAUCAAUGCUUGAUGAAGCAUUAAAAGUCGAAGAUGAUCUACAAGUAGAUGCUUCUAUUGCAGAACGUCCCAGGAAUGUUCGUAGUGCAAUUGGGCCAAAAAUCAAACCAACUAUAAAUAAAAACUAUCCAAGAGCUCGAGGCUUGAUACCAAAAUAAAUGAAAGCUUUAUUAUUCAAUGAUGUGCACUAUAUUUAUAUUUUUUUUUUUCCUACUAACCAAAGACAUAAUUUUUAUUUGUAUUUAUAUCUUUGUUACAAAUUCUUCUUUUGCUUUAUAUUAACUUUUUACAUUCCUAGUCAUAUUUAUAUGGGAUAAUCCUUUUUUUUUUGCUUUAUUUAUUUUUUAUUUAUUACUCUAUUUAUGUUACUUUAUUUCCUAUUUUCUAAAAAUGUGUUAAUCAAAACUAACUUAGUCAUAGUGUCUAGUCUUUUGCACAAUAAAUAUCACUAAUAAAUGAAAUAUUUCUAGUUUCAAUGUUAUUUUUUUACCUAACUCGUUUUAUUUUCCACACAAAUGAGCAUGUGAUUUUGUGUAUCUUAAUGUCCAAU